AUGACGAAGAAGGUGGCGGUGAUCCUCUCUGGAUGUGGGGUGUAUGAUGGCAGCGAAAUCCACGAAUCCUCCGCUGUGAUGGUUCACCUGAGCCGGGCCGGAGUCCAGUACGUGGUCUUUGCCCCGAACAUUGAACAGAUGCAUGUGGUGGAUCAUGUGAAAGGACAACCCACCGAGGAGAAACGUAACGUCCUGACAGAGAGCGCCCGAAUCGCGAGAGGAAACAUCACCGACCUGAAAGAUCUGAAAGUCAGCGAAUAUGACGCACUUGUCAUACCAGGUGGUUUCGGAGUGGCUAAGAACCUGUCUAGCUGGGCUGUGAAGGGGAAGGAUUGCUCCGUUAUAAAAGCCGUGGAGGAGACUAUGAAAGCGUUCCACGCCAGCAGGAAGCCGAUGGGAUUGUGCUGCAUCUCCCCCGUACUGGCCGCCAGACUCAUCCCGGGAUGUGAAGUGACAGUUGGCUGUGACACGGAGUGCGAGAAGUGGCCGUACGCCGGGACCGCUGGAGCCAUUAAAGAACUGGGCUGUAAACACAUCAACAAGGAGGUGAAUGAAGUCCACGUGGACACUAAAAACAAACUGGUCACCACGUGCGCCUUCAUGAGUGACAGUCCCGUGCAUGAGGUCUUCCAUGGCGUCGGGGAAAUGGUCACCGCUCUGCUGAGACUCCUCUAG